UAACCAUUUGGCGACGUGUACCGGUGUGUGGAAGUGUUGAGGUAGCUCACCUCUCCUGGAUAACAAGCUGCCAUUAAAACCUAAAAAAGCCUUAAAGGUGCUAAACCAUGGGAGGUGCGCAGAGUGUGGAGAUACCGGGAGGAGGCUCCGAGGGCUACCACGUCCUCCGGGUUCAGGAGAACUCGCCAGGACACCGUGCAGGACUGGAGCCUUUCUUUGAUUUUAUUGUCUCGAUCAACAACACCAGACUGAACAAGGACAAUGACACCUUAAAAGACUUGCUGAAAGCCAGUGUUGAGAAACCAGUUAAGAUGCUGGUUUACUCCUCAAAGACUCUGGAGCUGCGGGAGUCGACAGUCACCCCUAGCAACCUGUGGGGGGGCCAGGGCCUGCUCGGCGUCUCCAUUCGUUUCUGCAGCUUUGAGGGAGCCAAUGAGAAUGUUUGGCAUGUGCUGGAAGUAGAGCCUAAUUCCCCAGCAGCCCUCGCUGGCUUGCGGCCGCACACAGACUACAUCAUUGGAGCCGACACUGUAAUGAAUGAGUCAGAGGACCUGUUCUCUCUGAUAGAAAGCCAUGAGGGGAAAGGACUGAAGCUCUAUGUGUACAACACUGACACAGAUAACUGCAGAGAAGUGAUCAUCACACCUAACGGUGCCUGGGGAGGAGAGGGCAGUCUUGGAUGUGGGAUUGGCUAUGGAUACCUCCACAGGAUUCCCACUAGGCCUUUUGAGGAGGGGAAGAAGAUCAGCUUCCCUGGAAACUCUCCCAGUGAGCCCGUCAGUCCGCUGAAGGAUGGAUUCACUGAGGUCCAACUUUCAGCAGUGUCCCCUCCACCUAGUGCACCUGCUGUCCCUACUGGGCUUGAAGAUUCACUGUCAGGCCUGUCAAUCAGCACAGCCCCGCCCACCAUGCCCAGGGAGCUUCAGACAGGUUUGCCCACUGUCCCUCUGCUCCCCUCCUCCACCAGCCCCGCCCUCAGCCGACUCACUCCACUGAAUCCUGCCACCACCGGCUUCAACCCUGCCUCCACGCUACCAGGUCUGAUGCCCCUCCCAGGUGGCUUACCUCCACUCCCCAACUUGCCCAACCUCAACCUGCCACUACCAGACCUCAGCGCUGUGUCACUAGCAGGCACCAGCACCUUUCCAUCAAUAGGAACUACAGUACCCACUCUGGCCAAUCUCCCACCCCUCAACUUCCCAGGUCUGCCCCCCUUACCCCCUCUACCCACCAUGCUACCCUCCCAGCUGCCGCCUCUCCUCCCUCAGGGAGUGGUCCCCCUCCUGCCCAUCUCAACCAUGGCUCCUACAGCCUCGGUCACAGUCACAGCAGCGCCUGCAACCGAGCCCGCCGUCAACCCCACAGUCCAAACAGAAGCAGCCUCCACGAACGUCACGGAAUCACCGGCCACGACGGAAACGGCACUAACGUCGUAAUAUGUCAAACAAGGUUCCACUUGCCAUCAAACCAAAACACAUGCCCGGUUUCUCUCUUCUUCUCCCUCUCCCCCAACUGUCUGUCUUUCUCUGUGUUUUUCUAUUUAUUUGGCCAAGAGGGACAGGCAGACAGCUGCACCAGUUCAGACAUAGGUCGGCAUGUUCCAGGUAUGGGUGGGGAAGCUUGUUUGGAUCAAUGAAGGAUGAAUGGAUAUGAAGAGUGGGGGACGGCUGUAGACUGGUCUUACCAACAUGUCUUUAUUACCAGAUUGUCACGGAGCUAGUCCAAGGAUGUAUGCGGAGGAUGAGGUCUACUCUUCGGUUUGUAGUUUACUUCAAACUUCUGCAGUUACAACAAGGAGAUCUUCCCCUUUCAAAUCUGGCAAGGGUGUCUGUUUCAUCAUUUAUAUAUUAAAAAAAAUUGAGAAGAGCUACAACAACCAAUGACCCCUUACUGGAUCUCACAAUCCAGUCCAGAGGUCAUUUAACUUGUCUUACUGUAAUAAAUCAGGACAAAGUUGUCAGAAGUGGGCCUACAGGAGAAAAGAAAAUCGUGAACUGCUGUAUUGAAACAUAGAUAAAUGUUAAAGUAAAAUAUCAAUUCAUCAUGUUACAGAUUUUUGGUGUUAUCGUCCAGCCCUAACAUGUAACCUUUUAUUAUUAGUUAAUAGAACCCCUGACCAAUAGAUACAUUUGAUUGACAUGUAUACAUUUUUGUUGAAAGUGCUUUAUGACUGUCUACACCCAAUGAAUGAAUCUGCAUUAUUUUGCACCACCUUUGUGUUUUGAAAAUUAUUAGUCUGUCCCUUUGUAUGUCUCCAUGUAUACAGAACUCCACAGUAUCCGUCUCUACCACACAGGGAUGGAAACAGCCAGAAUGCCAUGCCAGAGGGGACAGAGGGUUACAGUUACAGGGCUUCUGAGUAGAGUAUAUAUGCUCGCUGUUGGGUGAAACAUGGGUGCAGGGGUAUUAAUAAUUAAAUAGUGCGUCUCCCCUGGGCAUGGCUGAAGCAAAUCGGUAGGCAGAGUGUCAGUGACGCAGUACAACAGCAAGGUGUCACUAUAAAAAUAACUUUCUGAAAACAUCUACACUGCACAGUGCAAGCAAUAAAGCCAAAUUAAUUUUACAUCAUGCCUCUGUGUCUUUAUACCGUGUUCUUUGCUUCUAUAGUCUCAGUCCAACCUUACACAUAUGAUAGCAAACCAAAAAGAUUAAGAAACUUUGGAAAAAAAACAAUAAAGGUGGUGCAGUAAAGCAAAAUGUGUAAAGUGAGGAUGAAAUGCAUUUAAUGUUAAUAUGUAACAGGAUAAAGUUCAACUGUUUUUAUUGUUUUUAUACUUUGGAGAUAUAUCAAAAAUAAAAU